GCCCGUAAUUAGUUUAGGCCAAGGGGCCAAAAAUCAAAAUAGCCCAAGAGAAACCCACAAAGAAGAAAAAGUAUACCUAUGAAAUGCAAAAAUAAAUUAAAAGAAAAACAGAUGUAUCACAGAGAGAAACAAGGAAAAUUUCCGAGAGAGGCUGCAAACCCUUCUCUCCUCAUUUUCUUAAUUCCCUUUGGGAUUUUCUCUCUGGAGAAAAUCUCCAAAAAAUUUAAAAUGACGACUUACGGCACGAUAGCAACGUCACCAUCAUCAGAGAUGGAAAAUAUGAGAUCAGGUGAUCUCCUUCUAGGCAUGCGCCGCCCCUGGAAAGAAAUGCUCUCUUUCUCCCUCCCUGAAAGUUCAGGUGACGCUAUUUUACGUAUCAAAGAAAAUUCUUCCUAUUUCCACAUGAACUACGUUAUCAUUAUCCUUUUCGUGAUCUUCUUAAGCCUCUUAUGGCACCCGGUUUCUCUCAUUGUAUUCCUCAUCACGUUAGCUGCAUGGCUCUUCCUUUAUUUCCUUCGCGAUGACCCUUUGGUAGUUUUCGGGUACAUUGUGGAUGAACGUGUGGUUUUGACGGUCUUGUCAAUAUUUACGAUGGUUUUGUUACUCGCGACAUCCACCAAGAAUGUGGUGGCAGGGGUAGCUGUUGGGGUGGCCAUAGUGGUGGCUCAUGGAGCGAUUAGGAGGACUGACGAUUUGAGAUUUAUGGAUGAGGAGGAACUAGGUGGUGGUGGUCAAUGGCCUACCAAGGUGCACUUGAAAGAUACUGCUUCUUCUUCAUUUUCUUCCUGAUGUAAUUCAUGACCUUCAUCUCAUUUUCUCUAUUAUAUUGACGGCUAACUCAUUCAUUCUUAAUCCACCUCUAAGUCUAUUGAUAA